AUGCCCCCUGUUGGGUAUGUGACGCUUAUAUCGGCUCUUCUGUGUGUUCUGUCGCCACUAGAAUCGAGCAAGCUUGACCCUCACGAAGAAUCACCCAACGAACCCGUCUUCUCCUCCUCAGCCUCCAUCCUCACCAAAGGCUCCCCACCGACGACGACGCUGGCACCGCCAUUCGCAAUGCUGGCACCUCCAUUCGCAACGCUGCCUUCCAGGGAUGUUCCCGGAGCCCUCGUCCUCUCCGCCACCAGCAGCCACACCGCUGCUGGCCUUUCAGGCGACUCCGAAAUGCACCAGCUCGUCAACAACCACGAGUGGUCCAAGACUCCUCUGGGUCCUAUCCACUCCUGGUCAUGGUCCAUCAAGUCGACUGUCCGAACUCUGCUGGCCUCGCGGUACCCUAUGAUACUAUUGUGGGGCAAGGAGCUGACGCAGAUAUACAACGCUCCACUACCCUGGGCCGCACGCGAGACAAUGAACAAAACGAUCCGUGAAGCCCAGAAAGCCACACUCGAAGCAGCCGGCUUCUCCGCCACGACCGUCGAUUCCGUUCACGAAGAAUGCACAUUUGGUGUCCGAACAAAACAGGAGCUUUUCGGUGAAUUCUCCAAGGUCAAGGAAAUCGUCGCCUCCCUCCAGACGAUGAAGUCCCUUCGACCCCCAAAGGGUUUCAGCACCCCCGGCAUGCGCAGCGGUCCCGACGCCAUUUACGCCAAGGCUUACCCCUCCAAAGAGGAGCGCAAUUCCCACGAGGAGGAUUCCCACCACACACGAGGUUUCCGCAGCAAUGCACACAGCGGAUAUCACGGUCGUCCACGAGGUCAAGGCUAUCGAGGCCGCGGCGGCGGCAGCUGCAGCGGCGACCGCGACGGUUCCAGCAAUCAUCACCAAAACAAUUCGAAUGACUCGAAACGAUACGGCACCGAAUGCGGCUUCAUCGACAAAUAA